CAACAAAUACGAUUGAAACCUAACCCCAUUUUUCUAAUUUCAAUUUAUGUAACUCGAAAAAAAAAAAUUUUAUACAUAAUUAUUAAUAAUUAAUUAAGUAAUGUUUCGAAUACAAUGGUUAAGACGCCUGAUUAGACGAAAUACAAAACCAAUACCGGUACAAAGUGCACAAGUUUGGAAAAAUCGUUUAUCUGUGAUAUAUGCGUUAGUAGCAUGGAAUGCUUUUGGAUGUGUCCUGUAUAUGAUAUAUCAGGGCAAAAAAGAUUGGGCUGAUUAUUAUGGGUACAAGUCUGAUGAAGACAAACAACUAUCACCAGGUAAACAAUGGGCUAAGACGUUAGGAAUACCAAACGCACAAAUUGUAAGAAUCAAAGGAUUAACAGUUACUGAAACUGAUGAAUAUCAUGAAAAUACGGUUUUGUCUACGGAAAAGGAAAAUGAAUUGUUAGAAGAAGGAAAAAAUUAUUAAUUGU